AAUCCCAUUUCUAUUUUUUGCGUGUAUAGAGUGUAGUGAACACUCCCACUCUAAUCCCUCUCUCUCUCUCUCUCUCUCUCUUCUCUCUCUCAUCACCGGCGGCGUCUGUUGAUUGUGCAUAUUCCCCUUCGUUCAUUUCCGAUGGCCACCACCGCCAUAGCUCCUGUUUCAUUUUCCGGAGGGAAUCGUACCAAGACCUGCGGUGUUUUAUCUGUAAAUUCAGGCGCCUUUGUCAACAGACCGCUGUUAAAACUUCAAAGCAAAACUGGCACCCGUAGCACCGGCAAAUUGUCUAUUCGUGCUCAAUACGAUGAUCGUAGCAGUGGAAGUGGUGCUGAUUUUGCAGCUGGUUUCCUUCUAGGAGGUGCUGUAUUUGGAACACUUGCAUAUGUUUUCGCUCCACAGAUAAGAAGAUCACUGCUAAAUGAAGAUGAAUACGGGUUUAGGAAGGCCAAGCGGCCAAUAUACUAUGAUGAAGGUCUAGAGAAAACCAGGCAAACUUUGAAUGAGAAGAUCAGCCAACUCAACUCUGCCAUUGACAACGUCUCUUCCCGGUUGAGAGGAGGUGGCAAUAAUUUGCCCCAGGUACCAGUUGAGACCGAUGCUGAAGAAGCUUCCAUUUGAGAGUUCGUUUUCUAACAUCCCAAAACGUUUGCUCUUCCGAGUCUCACAAGUUGUUUUGGUCAUUAGCAAGAUAUUAUAUCUGUCAAAGCAAUACUUGAAGAGCAAAACAUUCCUUUUUUUUUUUUACAGUCUUGUCGUGGUUUGAGAAACUUAAGUAUGAAAUAAACCUGAACUUCGUAUCAUAUUAGUGGAUAAUGUGAGACUUCCUAUCUAUGGGCGACUUGCAUAAAUGCAUGAUUAGUAUUCGAAGAAUGGAUUAUACAGUUAUGAUUUUGAAUUUGGAUUAA